AUGGCUCAUGGUUUCUAUCUGGUUUACGGGUUGAGUUUGUGUCUCAGCUUGCUCUGUGCUCUGUUUGUGGUCAGCUGGAGUCUGCACUGGAGAGGUGGCUUUGCCUGGGAUGGAUCACCACUUCAAUUCAACUGGCAUCCGGUGCUCAUGGUGUCUGGACUAGUGAUUAUCUACGGAAAUGGUGCUGUUGUGUAUCGCAUACCGUCCUCGUGGAAACAGAGGAAGCUGGUUUGUAAACUGGUGCAUGCUGGGAUGAUGCUGGUGGCUCUCCUGUUGUCAGGGCUGGGUCUGAGUGCGGUCUUUGACUUCCACACUAGCAUCAGCAUCCCACACCUGUACUCAGUGCACAGCUGGGUGGGCAUCAGCACCGUGCUCCUGUUCUCCUUUCAGUGGUUACUUGGCCUGGUUGGUUUCUUGUUACCUUGCUCCCCCCGAUGGUUCCGGCGCUCUCUGAAACCAACUCACAUUUGGAUUGGAAAAAUUGUGUUGGUAUUGACCCUGGUCGCCUGCAUCAGUGGAAUCAAUGAGAAACUUCUCCUGACUCUAGACGGGAUGAGUGCGGCCGCUUACAACACACUGCCAGUGGAAGCGGUGUUUGUUAAUUGUCUGGGGAUACUGAUUGUGGCUCUUGGAACAACAAUCCUUGGAAUCCUGUUUGUAAAGAAGUGGCAGCGACCAGAAGAUUGUCCAGAAAACACCCAACUUCUUGUCAGUGAAUCCUCUCCAUGA